AUGUGGCUCGUGGAAGUGCCAGGAUCGUGGGUCUCCGAUGAUUCCGCAAUUAAGGACGCCUUAGAAGCUUCCUGGUCGUUUCUGCAGCAGGUGCUGACGUUAGCCUCUGCCGCGUCUCAGGCGAGACGGCAGCAUCGCCAGCAGCAGCUAAGCCACCCGUCAGCUAAGGCGUCUAAACCGAAAGAAAAUGCUGACGUCAUUAUUGUUCUAGUAUCGGUUGUGAUAAAUACGAGCGUUCGGAAACCUUCAGAAUCGUCACGCGUGCGGGGUGCGCGUACCACUAGCUUGAGUGAGAGUAGCCGUGGCGAUGAUGACUCGGCGAAGGAGGAUCGGAUCUGGAAGGAGCUGUUAAAGCCUCUCCUGCAGCGAGCCAUGGCGAUGGGCAAGGCAAUGGUAAUCGGCCACGUGGAGCGCAGCACCUCUCGUGCAGACGGCCUCUGCGCCGCGGCUCGCUGGUUCCCCGCAUCUCGUCUCUACGCAACACCCGCCACCGCCGCCGCCGCCGCCGCGCCCGCCGCCACCGCCCCCACCACCGCCGCCGCCGCUGCAGCAGCUACUGCGGGUAUCGAUCUGCUGCCACCAUUGCGCCUCCGCUACCCCUCCUCUGAUCUCGGCCUUCCGCUGACGUUCGCCAGCAGCCUGCCUUUAACCUGCAAGCUCGCUACAAUCACAUCUUCCAAUAAUCACUCGCGAAACGGCUCGCUGACGGAGAUAGACGAGAACGAGCCAAGCACGGGCGGGUGGGAGAAUGGGGGGGGGAUUGUGGGUGAGGCUGGGGGGGAGACUGGGGGAGAGGCUGGGGGUGUUCAGCGGUUCCCGUCCUUCCAGGAUGGUUCGGAGCACCUGGGCUCAGGUGGUGCUUCAGGUGAAAAGAGCAGAGACUUGGGGGAGGAAUCCGGGGGUUUAGCAGGUAAAGAGCCAGCAGUGCGGAGCAGCAGUCUGGACAGAAUCGACUUCUCCGACUGGGAAGCCGAGCUGGAAGAGGGGGAAGGAGAAAGAGGAGGAGAAGGAGGAGGAGGAGGAGGGGGAGGAGGAGGGGGAGGAGGAGGGGGAGGAGGAGGGGGAAGAGGAGGGGGAGGAAGAGGGAGACGCGAGGCCAAGGACCACUCCAGCAGGGCAGAAGCGCCUGUUUCAGACGCUCCUGGCACACACGCUCCUGCUACAGACGCGGCCUAUGCAACUGCGAGCAGUGGUUUGGGAGUGGGUGGGACAAGGGAGACUGUAGAGGAGGCUAGCAGCGACGCUGGGCGCGACAGGGUGGUAGCAGGGGGUGCGCUGGCAGCGGGGGGCUUGGCGGGUGCGGGGUUGCUGGGGGGGGUGAUGGCGCGCGCGAUGGCGCAGCAGCAGGGCAAAGACGUGGUUCGCGCAGGCAUGUUCUUUCGGGCUGAACGGGAGCGCCAGCUGCGGAGGAAGCUGCGGGGCGUGGGGGGCGAGGGGGGUGGGGGGGAUGGGGGGGUUGUGGGGGGCGCGAGGGGCGCGAGGGGAGUUUUUUUUGGAGCUCCUAUGCUGCCAGUGGUGCUGGAAGACGGUAGGCAGACUGGCGUGGGGCGGAGCGAGGGGUGGGAAGAGGGGCAGCAGUCAGGGGAGCAGCAGAGGAAGGUGCAGUCAGCUGAAUUCCCUAUUGGGAUGGCAGGGAGUGAGGUGGAGGGCGGUGCGGGUGGGUGGAAGAAACAGGCGCAUGGGCGGAAGUUAGGGCAUGAGAAACGGCGAGCGCGGGAGGGAGGAGAGAAAAGAGCUGAGAGAAAAGAAGGAGUGGAGGGUAGGGGAGGAGACGAGAGCAAGGGCAGUAAGGGGGGAGCGGAAGGGAGCAGGCAGAAGGGGCAGAAGGGGCGAAAAGGGGGUGGGGCAGAUGGGUUUGAAGAGCUCAUGCUGGCAGCAGCUGCUAUGCAGGAGAACGAGGGGGAUGCCGGGGGCGGAGAUGGGGGAAGGGGGGAUGGCGGAAGGGGGGAUGGUGGAAGGGGGGAUGGGGGAAAUGGGGAUGGCGGAAGAGGGGAAGGCGGAGGGGAUGGUGGUGGAGGGGAUGGGAGAUUGGGGAUGGGCGACAGGGAGAUGAAAAAGACAAGAAGCUUCCCGGAUAUGGGCGAGAAGCCUGUUGAGCAGCCUCGCCCUCGGCACUCGUCACCGCUGCGGGGAGAUGAGGAGGAUGAGGACGACUGGUUGGCGGAUGACCUGGGUCUGGGCGCGGCUGUGGUGGCAGCUCGGCGCAUCUCCACCAACAGCUGGUCGUCUAGUGCCACGGGUGACGAGGGGGACGGGGAUGGCUGGCUGGCUGAUGACUUGGGUCUGGGUGCGCCAGUGGUGGCGGCCCGGCGGCUUUCCACCUAA